AUGCUGCUGAUGGUAAUUCUAUUAUAAUAAUUAUUAGAAUCAUGGGGUUUCAGAGAUUUCAAAUUAUGGUAUGAACCAAAGGAAGCAUGUGCAGUUUUCUAUAGUGAAUGUGAUUACAAGGGAGCUUCAUUUGAAUUCUGUUCUAAAUCACCAAACUUCUAAAAUGACAACAUUCCACCAUAAAUUAGAUCCAUUAGAGUUCCACCAUAAGGAAGAGUCACCUUAUAUGAAAACACCGAUUAUAAUGGAAAGAAGGUUACUUAUACCUCAGAUCAAGCUUGCAUCUAAAACUUUGAUGUAAUUAUUUUAAUCUAUUUUAUUAGUUUGCCUUAAUUCAAAUGA